AUGAAACCACAAAAGUCACCUGGUAAUGAAGAAGUGACGCCUUCAAAAAAAAUUCUUAAACAAGCUCGACUUCCAUUUCAAAUUUUAUCAGAAACUUCACCAAAACCAGAUGAAGUUUCCACUAGAAAGAGAAAACUGUCUGCACCGGAACAUGAGCCUAUCACGAAAAUUGGAAAAAUUACAAAAGAAAACGAUAUCCAGGACUCAGUGAUAGUCAGUGAUGAUGAUAGCAAAGAUGGUUCAAAAGAAUUUGUUUCUGGAGACAAUGUGAUUAAAAAAUUCAAUCCUUUUGUUAAAUUGGUUGAUACGGCUUGGAAAAAGAAACAGAAAUCAAAAACAGCUAAAAAGAAAAAAGAUAAGAAAAAUGAACCUUUAGAAAAUGACUCAACAGACAAUGGAAGUAAGGACAGUGAUAAUGGAAUGGAUGUUGAUGAAAUUCAAGACACUGAUCAAACUAUUAGUAAAUCACAGACAAAACAAUUAAAUGAUAUAGUUGAAAACUUGGAUGUUCAGAAGUCAAAUGAUAUAAUAACCUUAGAAGACUCUAAUGAUGUAGCAGAAGUCAGGUCUAAUGACAAAAACAGUGAUGAUGAUAUUUUAAUUGAAAGUGAUUGUGAAGAAUCUAAAAAGGAAGAAGAUUCUUUAAGCAAUGUAGACAGUAAAGCUACAAGUCCUGUGACUCCCAGAAGAACACCUAGACGUAAAGUAGAAAAUGGUAAAAAGAGUCUAAAUAUGUCUCAAACAACAGACGACUCAGGCUCUAACCAAAACACCCCUAAGAGGAAUACAAGAAGUUCGUCACAAGUGAAAAGUGAAGGAGAUGUAUCAAUGACUGAAAAUUCUAGUACUAAUUUAACACCAAAACAGUUACAGAAAAAGCUGGAAUAUGCUAAAAAGAGAGAGGAACGGGAAAAGAAAAAACAACAAGAAAAAGAGGAAAAGGAGAGAAUAAAACAGGAAAAGGAGACUCAAAGAAAAAAAGAAAAAGAGGAAAAAGAAGAGGCUAAGAGACGAGAACGAGAAGAAAAAGAAGAGCAAAAGAAAAAAGAAAGGGAAGAAAAGGAAAAACAGAAAGAGUUAGAAAAAAAGGUAAGAGAAGAAAAAGAAGAACAGAAGCGUAAGGAAAGAGAGGAGAAAGAAGAACAAAAAAGGAAGGAAAAAGAAGCAAAAGAUGAAGAAAGAAGGAAAAAACAAGAAGCCCUAGAAAUGGAUAAACUAGAACAGGAGCAGAAAAAAAAGAAAGCGGCAGAGGCAUUUGCAAGCUUUUUUGUUCCAAAACAGAAAGCAGAUAAAGACCAAACAACUAUAUGUCUUAGUAAAAAUGAUAUGCUUUCAAAUUUCACAAUAAAGGCUGAUAUGAGAUUGGCUCCCACUGUCAGAAAUCCCUUAACAGAAGAACGAAGAAGUGAACUGGAUAUGUUUUUGGAAAGCCAAAAUGUUAGAGAUCUAUAUAUAAUGAAUCUAAGGAGUGGUAAAUAUACUCCAAUUGUUGCUGGUGAAAAAACUUGGCCUAUUAACGAAAAAGAUGAUGAUGUUGUUAUUGUAGAAGACGAGUUACCACCAAUAGAUGGUGCUGGAGAAAUCGUCUCAUGCGAUUUGGGUGUAAGGGAGAAGCUUCGGCCGAAACUUCUGAGUUUCCAUGAGAACAGAAGACCGCCUUACUGGGGCACGUGGAGGAAGAAAAGUGCUUUUAUUAAACCGAGGCAACCAUUUUCUAUGGAUCAGAAACAACUGGAGUAUGAAGUGGAUAGUGAUGAGGAAUGGGAAGAGGAGGAAGGUGAGAGCAUCGAAGGAAGUGCAGCUGGAAGUGACGAUGAGGGACCGGAUGAGUAUGAACUGGACAAUGAAGUGUUUGUGCCACAUGGAUACCUUAGUGAUGAGGAAGCAACAAUGGACGACGAUGACGUCAUGUCCCUUUCACCGGAAACGCAGAAAGCGCGGCUUAAACAUUUAGAAGAUGAAUUCGAGUCUGAAUUGAAAAAGCCCACAGAAAAACUAAAACCCAGACUUUACGGCCUAUUGUGGGAAAUGGAAAAUGGAAAACCGGAGAAAUGCGUCGAUGCCCUUUGGAAUUACUUCAGCAAAGUGUCAAUGAUCAUGAAUGAUCCCCCGAUAAUGCAGCCAACCAAUGAACCUGAGGAUAAGAAGAAAGUAAAGAAAAAGAAAGUUUCCGACGUAGAGACUAAAAGUCCUGCGGAAAAGAAGAAGAAGGAGAAGAAAGAGAAAAAAGAACCGAAGGAAAGUAAACAAAAGAGUGAGAAACAAGAGAAAAACCAAUUGGGUAUUAAUGCUUUUUUGACAAAAGUUAAGAGUUCAUGA